AUGGAAACGGACCAUGAGGAGCUGAUACAUGUAAAUUACAUCACUGUAAAACAAACACUCAGNGUGCAACCUCCGCGUUUUAUAACAUUAAAGAACAGAUUAGAUGAAAACAUCCCAGGUGCAGCUCCAAAACCGGUCAUUAGAACACUUGAUUAUACAGACAACAGGGCGCUGCUGCAGUGUGAAGUUCAUGGUAAUCCACAACCUGAAGUAGAGUGGAGGGACAGUGCUGGAAACAUCCUUCCUGCUGAGGAGCCACAGGUCUCAGAAAGACACGGACGUUUCUUCAUCACUCUCAACACAACUGUGACCAAGACUGACCGCUAUCGAUGUGUGGCCACACAGAAGAAUAUCAGCCAUCAGAUUUAUACUGAGACCAUUGUGCGUAUGACUGGUGCAGCUUUAAAGCCAUUCAUCACAACACUUGAGGAAACAAAAGACUGGUCACAGCUGCAGUGUGAAGUUAAUGGUGCUUCUCCAAAACCUAAAGUAGAGUGGAAGGACAGUUCUGGAAACAAACUUCCUGCUGAAGAACCACAGGUCACAGACAGAGGAGGCAGCUAUGACAUCAUCCUCCAAACUACUGUGACCAAGACUGACUACUAUCACUGUGUGGUCACACAGGAGGAAAUCAACCAUCAGACUGAGGCGAAGAUUCAUGUGUAUAUCGGGGGUAAGAUUCUUCCUCAUGUUUUUAUAUUCAAAUCAUUUGAACUGUUCAUGUGUUAACACGUGUUCAAACUGAACAUAAAGGAAAUUCUGAUGAAGAUAUGAGACGAGA